AUGGAUAAUUCCUAUCAUCAGCAUGUCCCUACUGAGAACUUUUGUGACUAUGGGAGGAAGAAGAAGGAAGAGAUUGAUAUAGAUGAGCACUGUUCAGUGCAUUCAGAGGAGUACACUCUAACAAGCUCCUUUACCUAUGAGGAGCCAUUGAGCACCAUUGCGGAAGAAAAAUCGGUCGACCUUUGGACGAAGGGUUCCGAUAUGUCGAUGCCAGACCUAGAGGAUUUAGACUCGUCUUGUACGAUGGACUCUCCAAGAGUGGAAGGCAAGUCCUACAAGAAUCGCCUUUAUGAAAAGUUCUACAGCGAGACCAGAGCGGAUGAGUGCCCAGUUGAUUCUUUGGACCUAACGAACCAUUACACUCAAUACCACGGGCUGAAAACAAGUCCAACAUGUGAUUAUGCUGGACACUCGCACCGCAGUUCAUCGGCCACACUGAGUACUGCAUCUUUGUCACGAUCGUCGCGGUCUUCGCUCUCUGCUCAUCCAUCUACGGCAAAGCAGCCGCAGAUUGAAAGUAUGCGUAACGCCCGAUGGGAUCCUGAGAUUACGGACACCCCAGAUGAAGAAGGUCGCCAUUUAAUUGGAGUCAAGAUUCAAUUCUUUCGAUCUAUGGAAUAUGGUUCCAUUUUACCGAUGGAAUUGCCAAUAUGCGCCUAUGCGGACAGCCCUUCUUCUUUGAACCCCGGCAGUGACGAAACGAAGUCCGAGAAGACAAGGCGAGACAAGAAGCAGAAGAAAACGAAAGAGAAUAAGAAUAAUGAAGCUGCUGAUAUUAAGGAGGAGACGAAGAUGAAGAGCAAGAAGGUCGAAACGGAUAGGCCUAGGCGCCAUACCAAAUGCGAGUCGCUGAACUCCGGUCCCGAUGCCGACAACAUGAAACACACUGCGAUGAAGAUUCAUCGGCGUUCAAUCCGCGAGAAGAUCAAAGCUAGGAUGCGUUCAAUCGACAAAACUCUUUCCAAAGUGCGGGCAAUUGAGAGCAACAGGGAAAUUGAUGUCUGA